UGUAUGAACAUUGCAUCUGACUACAGUAAACGACUAAUUUUCAGUUGUGAUCAAGUGAAUUUUUUGCAGAAGCUGUUAGGAAAAGACCUACGUUCUCAAUUUCAAUAUUGAGCUAGAGAAGGAUUAUCACGAAAGUUGUACCUACUUCCCAAAAUUUAUAAUGAAGAAAUCAGUAUGUCUUCUAUUUCUGCUCGGUGCUGUUAUAAGCACAUGGGCUUAUCCAAGUGGUGCUCCACCGAACCUGGUUUGUGAUAGCAUGGCCGUUAAGCAUGGUAUACACGAUCCGCAAUCAUCUAAAAUACCAUACACUGUCUCGAUAGUCCAACCUGACCUUUCACCUGAAGAAGAAACUGACAUUAUCAUUUCUGGAGAUGAUUUCAAGGGUUUCUUCAUUCAAGUUCGAAGCGGAGACAAAGCUGUUGGCAGCUUUGUGACUUCCCCUGAGUAUCAGGACUAUCAAACCAUGACCUGCCAUAAUCAUAGGGAUAGCGCUGCCAUUCAAAAUGAUGCUUCAGUGAAGAAGAAGGUGAUUUUGAGAUGGAAGGCACCUCAAGAGAAAGGAGAACUAAAAGUCUAUAUCACAAUGGUGAAAGAAUUCGCUACUUUCUGGAAUAAAAUAGAAGCAGGAACUCUUAGAGUUAAGUAAGAAUAUUGAAGUGAUAUUAGUACUACUAUGGCAUCAAGAAGAAAUUGGACAGUAAUAUUCAUACCUUCUAUUUUGUGAUUAUUCUACUGUCUUCAAUAAAGCAUCCAUAUUGGAGCAAAGGUUA